GCGGCUUCCUCGCGCGGGAGGGGACAGCGGCGUGACGCCCGGGGGCCCCGUGUGAGGGCUGGGGCCCUGCCCGCCCGGGGACCCCCGUGAAGGCCGCUGCCAGGCUUCGCCCGCCCCGCCCGGGGGCCGCGGCCCUGCCCGGCCCCCGAGGGUCUGGCGUGCCCCGGGGAGCCCCUGUGAGGUGGGAGGAGCGCGCAGCGCCAUGUGAGCAGCUGGCGGCGGGCAGCGGCCCUCGAGGAAGACAGAUGGGGUGAGAGACAGCGCGAGGUCCGGCUGUCAGCGCGGCCUCAGCCCCGCCGCGGAGGGAGCCCCUCCUCCCCGCGGGUGUGCGCCUCUCGCUCCCUGGCCGGGGGGAACCAUGGCGUCCAGCGAGGAGGACGGGGGCGGCAACGGCGCGGUGGAGGAGAAGGAGAAUGGCAAGAAGAGGAGGCUGGGCGCCCUGGCCACGGCCUGGCUCAUCUUCUACAACGUCGCCAUGACCGCGGGGUGGCUGGUAUUAGGUAUUGCCAUGGUGCGGUUUUAUAUACAGAAAGGAACACAUAGAGGCUUAUUCAGAAGCGUUCAAAAGACGCUUAAAUUUUUCCAGACAUUUGCUUUGCUUGAGGUAGUCCACUGUGCAGUUGGAAUAGUUCGCACAUCUGUGCUUGUGACUGGGGUCCAAGUGAGUUCAAGAAUCUUCAUGGUGUGGUUCAUUGCACAUAGUAUAAAACAGAUCCAGAAUGAGGAGAGCGUUAUUCUUUUUCUGGUCGUAUGGACUGUGACAGAGAUUACUCGAUAUUCCUUCUACACAUUCAACCUGCUCAACCAUUUGCCAUACUUCAUUAAAUGGGCCAGAUACAACUUUUUUAUCAUUUUGUAUCCUGCUGGAGUUGCAGGUGAACUGCUAACCAUAUAUGCUGCUUUACCCUAUGUGAAGAAAACAGGAAUGUUUUCACUGAGACUUCCCAACAAAUAUAAUGUCUCCUUUGACUACUAUUACUUCCUUAUUAUUGUCAUGUUCUCCUAUGUACCGUUAUUUCCACAACUCUACUUCCACAUGCUGCGGCAGAGAAGAAGGGUGCUUCAUGGAGAAGUGAUUGUAGAAAAGGACGAUUGAAUCAAGCUGUGUAACUAUGGUGCUUUUACUGGAAAAAAAGAGAGUAAAAAAACAAAACUUCCUGUGAUUUUUCUGAGUCCAAGUUUUAAAACAUGGAACAAGAAUAAACAACUGUGCAUAAAAUA